AUGAUCAGAGGUAGUCACCUCAAGAUUUCCUUUUACAAACGUCUAUCAACUUUCCUUUACUUUUAUCAUCCUCCUAGCAAAAUGGCCGCCGCAAUUCCUGUUUUUACGAUCUAUGAUGCCAUGAUUUUAUGUCAAAUCCCUGACACUGGGAAUUUCCAAGGACAAACUGACGCUCAACGUAUGGCAGAAGAGCUCUUUGACAACGAUUUUGGCACUGCCAUGACCAAGUCAAUCAAGCAAGUCAACAUGGACCUUGCAACGCUUGCAUCCUUGACCGAGACCAAGGGCUCAAGACCGAAUCAGAGCAUUUGUACACGAUUGAACUUCCAUCAAAAGUAUGUCAAAGAUUCUAAAACUUUAAUUGACAAUACGGUUCCACCCAAGUGGAGCAAAGAACAACAAUGGAAGCAAUGGGUCAAGCUGCUCCGUGACCACCUCCGCGCAUAUAUCGGUGUCAAUGGCAUCCCUCUUGUUUAUGUGGUCCGCGAGAAUGCAGCUCAAGACCCAACACCACAAGACGAUUUUCUUGACGAAUAUAUCAAUAUGGCUCUACUUCUUGGAACCGCCUUUAUUGUGGAUAACAAACAAGUGUUGGCUCUACUGAACAAAUUUAUCAUGAGUUGUUCUGAAGCUGAAAUGGUAAUACAAGCGCUCAAUACUACUACUGAUGGUAGAGCUGCUUUCUUCGCAUUGAAGGCAUUUUAUGAAGGUGAAGGCAUUUUCGCUCAUGAUGUCAUGGCAGCGGAAAACAUCAUUGCAACACUUUUCUAUGCAGGAGAAAAACGUCCAGCUAUGUACUGGCAGAAAUUUGAACAAAUAUUAAAUAAUGCCUAUGCAACCAUGCAUCACGAAUAUGGACGUGUAAUGUAUACUGACGUUAUGAAGCUACGAUCCCUCCAACAAAGAAUCAAAGCUGACUUCCUGUCACAGACAAAAGCGGCAAUUGAAGCUAACAUGCAUGCUAUUCCUAUGACUAUGACAUAUGAUCAGGCCAUGCGAAUGUACCGUUCCAAGGUGUCAGAAAAAUUCCCUCCAGCUUCCGUAGCUGCCGUUGCUCGGGGGCGACACGUCAGAGAGAACAAUCAAAUCAUACGUGGGGGAGGACAUGGCGGCGGACGUGGACAAGGUGGUCGCAACCACCGCAACAAUUCCCGUGAUAACCGCCGUUACAAUGGAAAUACAACAAGCCCAACAAAAAUAACCAAGACAAUGCUAGUACCAACGAAAAUACAAGAAAUAUAG